AUGCAUUAUACUGCGAGUAACACGCCUGUGCUGCAGGCUCAGAUAUUUUUGAGACACAUAUUAAAGCUGAUUUCUUACAUCCUCAGCAGCCCAAAGACCUUAAUGCUACAACGACCCUCCUGCCAUCCGUCAUCUCAAACAACUCAGGAAAUGGACUCCAGUAAACAAGGCUUGGGACAAAGACUAGGUGUAAGAUCGGAAUCAGACCUGACUGUUCUGGCCCCCAACCUGCCGGCCAGCAGAAGCACUACUCUCUGCAGGGAACUCAGCUCAGUACUGAAGUUGUCAUCUACAAGUACAGGAUGUGAAGGAGAUGAGCUUGCCAUGUCAUGCCGCAUAGCUUCAUCAGAUGACUCUGCAAAGCAGCACUUGACAGGAGCGAUGGGCCAGAUGGUCGGGCUGUCACAGAGCUACUCCUCCACCCGCAGAGCCCCUGACACUCCUCAUAGUAGUGAGAAUUCCAUUUACAGAACAGCCUUCAAAUUACGAUCAGUGCAAACUCUAUGCCAGUUGGACUUGGUCAGCAGCACCCUGGUUCAGGAGGUCCUACUCCAUCCACGUGUCUGGAAGGCCAGUGCGCACUCCCUUUCUGUGCCGCAGCUUUUUCGGGCCCUCCAGGAGCUGUUUCAGAGAGCCAGGGUGGAGACACGGGGGCAGGCACAGCCCAGAGCUUCGGAACUCACUUUGAGCCUCCUCAUGGCCAUGUUUGACAGCACAGGAGUGGGUGUUCUCAAGCUUCUGCCCGUAGCCGCGGCCCUCAUUGCACUCUCAGGGGACAGCCCUCUGACAAAGUACAGAGCUCUUUUUCAGCUCUAUGCAGAAAAUAACAAGGGAGGUAAUGAAUCCGGGACUAGAAUCACUCGGAGGAUUCUGAGAAACUUACUAACAGAUCUACAGCAGAUCCCAACUGUUGUGGGCGAGAGUCGCACGCUGAGCUCGGUGAACAGCGCUGUCCGCAGCUGUUUCCAAGGGGUGGUGAGCCCAGGAAUCAAAGAGGAGAAAUUCCUGUCUUGGGUACAGUCCGAGCCUCUCAUCCUCCUGUGGCUCCCAACCUGCUAUCGACUGUCAGCCACAGAAAUGGUCACUCACCCCGUUCGGUGCGGCAUCUGCAGGGCCUUUCCCAUCACAGGACUGAGGUACCGCUGUCUGAAGUGUCUCAACUUUGACAUGUGCCAGGUGUGUUUCUUAUCUGGUGUCCACAGCAAGUCUCACCAGAAGUCACAUCCUGUAAUUGAACACUGUGUUCAGCUGUCAGCAAAGGAGAAUACAAAACUCCUUCUCAAGACGCUCAGAAACAACCUGCUCCAGGGCCGCUGUCCGAGAAGAGGAGAUCCAAGAAGACCAUGGCUGCUGAAGCAGGUGAAACCGGACGACCCAGCUCACCACGCACAGGCUGAAAAAGAAAGACACUCAGUAUUCCGUGGUGUGCAGAUCAGUGCCAUUCAUGUUUUAGUGUUUCCCAUGCAUAGAUCACACGAUAGGCGCAAUUUUUCAUUCUUCUCCUCACCUACACCAACUGGAGAGUGUGUCCGUGUUUUGCUGGGAAAAUGUGUUUGUACCCCCCAAGUAACGGGGUGUGGCUGCAGUAUUUACAGGUAUGUGGAAGACACUCUGGUGCUGGCUGACGCGUACAUCCCCAGCGGAGGUCCAACUGAAGUGGGCUACCUUCCUCUUUUAGCUCUCAUGCUGCUCUCCAUUCAGUGCAAUCACUCUAAAAAUCCUGUGUGUGUAAGGCCAUCGAGACCCGUGGAGGCAACAGCCACAGAAACCCCCAGCUGUGAUCAUCAGAGAUUAUCUCAGGCUCAGCACGUGAGCCACACCGGCCCACAUCACCAAACCGUGGUCAGCAUUAGGAAUGAACUGUGGAGGACUCGUGAAUCCAUUAAUGCUCUCCAGAGAGAAAGAAGGCUCCUUAAAAUGCAGUUAAAUGAAUACAAAGACAAGUUGCGAGCAAUAUAUACCUUCCAGGAGGAAAAAAGUUGCAGAUUUGAGACAAAGAUUCAGGAACUCACAAGCAACCAGAAUAGUCUAUGGUCCAAGCUACAGCAGAUGCGACAAGAUGUACAGGCAAUGUUGCAGCCACUCCAUCCUUUGUCUUCCUGCCAACAUAUGGUGUCCAAGGUUGAUUGUUCUUCAAUGGAUCAGUUUUGGAAGGGAAGAGAUUCUUAUCAUAUCAAGAAUGGCACUCAGGAUGGUCCAGCUUGGAAUCCUCUUCCUAACCCUGCCCUGGUUGACAGAAGCCAAGCAAAUGAAGACCAUGCUCCUCCAGAUUCAGAAUCACCAGCAACCAUGGUGCAAACCACCAGCGCACAAAGCUACACACAAAAGAUACCAAAGAAAAUCCUCAGCUCCCUGCCCAGUUAUCAACAGGGGCUUCUUCAAGACAAGCCCCAAAUUUCUCCCGCUGAAAUGAGCAGCACUGCUCUGGCAUCAGCGGGAAAGGAAGUGGUGGUUAACGUUGCAGGAAGAAAGGAUGAGCUGGAGGAACAGGAACUACAGGAGCUACUGUCAAAACUCAUGGGAGCAUUCAAUCCAGAAAGGCCAUCAGGUCCCCAGUCCUCAGUGAACGUGGAUCUGUAUGGUGGAGCUGAGCGGGUGUGCAGGGCUUUCUCUGCCCUUGUGGAUCAAAUCACCUUGCCCAGCAUGAGUGAAAAGGAGUCCAGGCUGAAAGCCCCUUCAUAUGGUGAUAAAUGCUCUUUCAGAAUCUGA